UUGCAUGCCUACUUGUAGUUAUAUAAUUUCAACUAUAGAUUUUAGUAUUGAGUAUCUAAUUAACUAAAAACACAAUUAUGAAAACCUUCCAUUCAAUUUUUUACUUAAUUUUACUAAUAACUAAAAUAUCGGCCGAUAUUUGCACAAUAACCAAAUUUGAACAAGUGCUUAAUGCAACCAAAACAUGUACCGAUAUAGUGUUGCAAGAUCUUGUGGUACCAGGAGGAGUAACACUCAAAUUGAACCUACUUAAAGGUACCAAUUUGGUUUUCAAUGGUACCACUUUGUUUGAGUUUACUAACUGGUUUGGACCGUUGGUUACCAUUAAUGGAACUGGACUGCGAGUGUCAGGAGGAGAAGGCUCCAUUAUUGAUGGUCAAGGUAAACUCUAUUGGGACGGAAAAGGGGGAAGCGGCACUCCAAAACCCCAAUUUUUCACCAUAGAAGCUUUCGAUUCGGUUUUCAGCAACUUUACCAUUGUAAAUACACCAAAAGACGUUGUUCAGGUGACUAAUUCGGACAAAGUCGAGUUUUACAAUUGGUUUAUUGACGAUUCUCAAGGAGAUAAAGGUGUAGCACCGAAAGGACACGAAGGGCACCACACUGAUGGAUUCGACGUGUGGAAUUCCACGAAUGUGAUUAUAGAAAAUUUGGUGGUUUUUAAUCAAGAUGAUUGUUUGGCCAUCAGAUGUGGAGCCAACAUAACAGUAUCAAAUCUAUGGUGUCACGGUAGCCACGGACUGAGUAUAUCGGUAGGCUUCAGCCCAGACGAUAUUUCAGUCAACACUCUUAAAAAUGUAACAAUAAAGGACUCGUAUUUGGUAAAAGGAAUGAAUGGUAUUCAUAUUAAGACUCAUAAUGAUGGUGGUCCAGGAUUGAUUUCGGAUAUAACGUAUAAAAAUAUUACGUUCGAUUGUGUGGAACGGUUUGGUGUGCAAAUCCAGCAAAAUUAUCCAAGAGGUGAUGUAGUAGGCAACGUGCCCAUUGAUAAUUUGAAUUUUAUUGAUGUGAGGGGUGGAGUUGCUGAUACUGCGGUGCCUGUGUUUAUUUUGUGUGCUGAAGGUGCCUGCGAUAACUGGCACUGGACCAGCGUUCAAAUUAACGGUACCAAACCCAACCACUGCAACUAUGAACCCGAGGGCUUCCAAUGUUAAAUCAUAAUAGGAAUGACUUGUAUUUAAAUUAAUAAAGAAGUGACUACUGCACUUUCCAAAUUUAUAAUUGAUUUUUGUAUUAAGUGCUCAAAAUGAGUGUUUCUUUAAUGGUACCUAAAAUACAAAGAUAAAACAGACUACUGAGGAUUGCUUAUCGGCCUCGUUUUUGGUAAUUGCCGCCAUAUUGGUAUGUCACCAUUUCCGACGUCAUUAACAAGUCGUCAGCUGUUUGCACUAGAGAUCGUAAUUUAGAAUUUAUGAAUUUAAAUUUAUCAUGAAAAAUAUUAUUUAAUUUUCAUUAACAUAAUAAGCAAAGAAAAACCCACGAAAUCGUAUUCUGUGGUGCAAACAGUCUACGUCAAGGCGAGGAAUGACAUGCUGUCUACGUCACAACUGGUGAUUUGGCGUGAUGGGGGCUUCAGAUUUGUUACAUACAGGCCUUAUGAGGAAAGGCUAUCCUGGAGCAAUAGAGGUGUGUAUUAUCCUUGUCUGGGAGUGUCAAUUUUUACAGGUCAGAGGGAGGCCAAAUAUUCACACAAUAAAUAAAUGUCGUUAUCGCCACAUUAUCGCAUGCAAAAUAAAAACGACAUUUUUCCUACGAGUGUGCGCAAAGUAGUACUUUACACGGACGGAGUGCGGAAAAGUGUAACUUUGAGCACGGAAAAGUACUACUUUGCACAGUUAUUUUGCGCGCUCAAUACAAAUAUAACUAAUUAAUGAAAUUAUCUUGACAGUGCAAAUGGGUUUUUUUGUUUAGACAGUGUUGAUUGUUGUAUAGAUUUUAGUCAGCACUGUCUGGUCAGUGCAGAUAGUUUCCAGUCACCACUGUCUGUUAGACAGUGCAGUAGCCACUCCCUCAAAUUAAACAAUAUAAUUUUGUGCUUAAAUAAAGUGUAUAUAUUUUAUUCUUAAAAUCUAGUAUACUACAUUUUCAAAAAGGUAAAGGUAAAAUCCUCAUUCAUCUGGAAUGGCUUCCAAACCAUGGGUAACAUAGGCAUCCCCACUGAUCCUCCAAUCUCUCAAAUAUUGAUCUUUUUGCUCUUUAUUGAGGAGGCUACGCCUGUACAUGUUACCAACCACCUACAAAAUAAAGAAAGUUGGCUUAGAAUUACCAAAAGAAAACUUUUCAACAAUUUCUAGUAUUUUGGUUCUGGAGCAAGGCUGUUUGACAGAGAAACAUUGCCUGAUAACUUUAUGACGUCAUCUGGGAGGCCUCAACUUAAUGCAAAUCUCCAUAAGGCACCCCAGAUGCGUCAUCACAGGUUACCCAUUAGCAGACAACCUGUGAACUUUGGUUGUGGAGUACCUACCAAUUUAUUGAUUACAUAAGCCGAGGCGUGAGGCAUGGCCAUAAGAACCGUGAUGAUAGCGAAACUGGGCAAAAUUUCGAACCACAUUGUAAAUUUUGUAUAAAGGAAAUCGAGCCAAAAGGACCGAGAAGUUGUAAAAAAAAGUUUAAAUAAAUUUCAUAAAAUUAAUUUUUAGAGGUUAGGUUUGUUGUUUUU